AUUAGCAAAAUGGUUAACUGAUUGCAAGGCUUCUGACACCUUCAAUAGACUUCAUGGACUAGAUAUUUAGUUAUGGAUAAGGAAGGAGGUUUGGAGUGCUUCAAAAGACAGUACUAUUUACCAGUUUAGCCAGGGACUUAUGAUAUCCCUCAGGAUUCUAUCUUACCAAUAUACUACUGUAUUUAAUUUCUGUAUGCAACUGUUGGUGGAAAUCAUUAAAGGUUGUAGGUUUAGUGUCCACAAUAUGCAGGUGAUGCUUAAUUCUUUCUCAUAUUUUUGUAUCAUUUCAGGGAGGGUCUGAACUGUUGCCUGGAGAUAGUAAUGAAGCAAAUGUGAGACAACAAACUGAAACUGGAUCCAAAAUCAGGGAUGUUCUGGGUUAAUAAAGCUGUCUGGGAGGUGGAUUCAGUCUGCAUUGAUGGAGUGACUCUACCCUCGCAAACAAAGGCUUAUAAUUCUAGGCUUGGUCUUUAGGUCUUGCUUGGCACCAGAAAUGCUUUUGUCCAACUGAGACUGGGACAUCAACUUUAUCCAUUCCUAAAGAAUCUGACCAGGGUGAAUCAGUAAGUCUGCUGCUGAACGGCAAGCAAAGUAAGACUUCCAUAUGGAGAUUCUAACCCCAGGAAGGACAUUUUAUCCUACUCCUGAGAUUAUCAUUUCUGAGGGUGCAUGCCCUGUCUUCAUUAAAUAAUCCCGCCUCAUUUAGCUUCUAUUAAUUAUUCUAUUGAGUACAGCAUCAUACCUAUUGUGUGGGUGUACUCAUGCAUAAAAGGUGUACCCACAAACGAGACACAGCCUGUGCACAGUAAGUGCCCCUGUGCAAGAUACAAUCCAGCCAAGAUUUCCUCCAGGCCUUUUUCCUCUUUAAAACUAGCUUGGAAGGAUACCCAUCCCGUUGUACUUCAUAAAUGAAUCACCUGGGAACUGGGGCUUUUUUACCCGAGUUGGCGGAAUUUUGCAAGGAGGGUCGAGAAGAAAACGAUGACGCAAACGUCGGUUCUGCCGAAAGUACUAGCGCUCUUCUGAGCAAGUGAGAAAUUUGACCUGGCGGUGGCCACAAUAAAACGAAAGCGGAGGAAACGUCCAACUUGAGCCCAACUUUGGAUUUCUCCGGUCCUGGAGAGUCUCCCAAGAAGACGAACGCAGCGGCUUCCUCCUCCUCCCUCAAAUUGCCCAACUCUCUUUCUGAAAGACCGACGGGGCACGAACCUGCCGUGCCGGUCGAAGAGCCGGAACCGCCCUCCGCACCUGGGCCAGAGCAGCCGCGCCAGCCCCCGCCUUCGCCCCCAGCCCCUUCCCUACCUCUUCCCGGCGUGCGCGCGGACAGGCGGUCCCCGCCCCUCGGCAUUAGCUCGCCUCCCCGCCGGCCCUGCUGCCUGGCCCGGUGGCCGCCAGUCCCGCGCGCCAAGCAGCCGCUCCCCGCUCCCUCCGCGGCGUCCGGCGUCCGCGCAGGCCAGGCUCUAUGGCCCCGGAGGCGCCGCGCUUCCUUGUUCAGUGAACGUAUUUCCUCAGAAGAAUUGCAACUUCUACGGAAUGGUCUCUUCAUGUCCCAUAUGCUAGUAGUAUGAAAGAACGUUGGACCACUGCCAUGGCAGUUUUUCUCCUAGGAGUGACCUUGCUUGUUGUUCAGCCUCAGGCCAUGCCUUCUGGACCAGCCACCAGCUCCAAGACUGAGGCCACUGCUCAGAAAGAGCCUUUUAAAAAAAGCAGUAUAAACAAAACCGUCCAUCCUAAUGGGACUCUCCAGCAGCUUCCACAAACAAUCAUCAUUGGUGUACGGAAAGGAGGAACAAGAGCCUUGCUGGAGAUGUUAAGCCUUCAUCCAGAUAUAGCAGUGGCAGAAAGUGAAGUCCACUUCUUUGACUGGGAAGAGCAUUAUAGGAAUGGAUUGCAAUGGUAUAGGAACCAAAUGCCAUUCUCUCACCCCCAUCAGAUAACAGUGGAGAAAACUCCAGCUUAUUUCACCUCAUCCAAAGUGCCAAAAAGAGUUUAUGGAAUGAACAAGUUUACCAGUUUACUCCUUAUUUUACGAGACCCUGUCGAAAGAAUGGUAUCAGAUUACACACAAGUUUUUUUUAACCACAUGCAAAAACAUCUGCCAUAUCCUUCCAUUGAAGAAUUUCUUGUUAAAGAUGGUGAACUCAAUAUGAACUAUAAGGCAAUAAAUAGGAGCUUGUAUUACAUUCACAUGCAAAACUGGUUGAAAUAUUUUCCUCUGGAUAACAUUCAUGUUGUGGAUGGAGAUAAACUGAUAAGAGAUCCCUUCUCAGAAAUAGUAAAAGUAGAAAGAUUUUUAAAGCUCUCCCCUCAGAUAAAUGCUUCCAAUUUUUACUUUAACAAAACAAAAGGCUUUUAUUGCCUAAAAGAUCGUGGUAGAAAUCGGUGUUUACAUGAGUCAAAAGGAAGAGCACAUCCCAAAAUAGAUUCAUUUUUACUUCAGAAACUCUAUGAAUAUUUUUGUGAUCAUAAUCAGAAAUUCUUUGAGCUUCUUGGCAGAACAUUUGACUGGUGCUGAAAAUGGUAGUUAUAAAGUGAAGAUUCUGAGAAAUCUAGGAUGCCUCAGCGCAUUAAGAGGAAAAGGAAGGAAUUUAAGCUAUAAUUUAUUCAUAAAAUCCAUGAAUCACUUGUAGAAUGUUAUGCAUAACUGUGAUAUAAGCUAAUAGUAAUAUUUUCUACUUGUUAAAUUUAAAAUAAAUUCUAUAAUGUAUUUUAACAUUAAUAUAUUACUAUCUGUAUGGGAAAAAAACUAUGUAAGAAAAACUUGUGAUUUUUAUAUAUGUGUGUGUAUGCAAAAUAAGUCAGAUCCAAGGCUUAAUAUCAGUGAAAUAUUAUCUUCAUUUGACUAAGGUAUCGUGGAAAGUUUCACUUUUACCAAGUUGGAUUAUCACUGAUAAUAAUGAUAAAAUAGUACCUUAUUGCCAGAGAUUUUUGAAGAUAUUUAUCAUGAGCAUUCUUGGGUCUAUAUCUGCCCUGUGACUUGGUAGAGAAUUUCUGCACUAUCAGUCUUUAUUUUCACCUAGCAUCACUAUGGAGAUGUAUUUCUUUACAAUGUUAUUGCACUAUUUCUAGCCUGUCCCAAUCAAGAGGGACUCUGGGUUGGGUAAAACAAACUCAUGCAGAUAAAGGAAAAAAAGAUACAGCAUACAGAUUGUUAAAAACCCAAGUCAAGAGAAAUCCCUUAGCAGCCCCAUGACUAAGGGUCAAAGUCCUGUUGAGACAGCCCUGUUCGGCUAACUUAAUGAUGCCCCAGUAGGAUUGGGGCUUCAGGACCUCCAUGGGAAAGUGCUCCAAAAAGGAAGCUGAGAUGGCCUGUCCACUGGUCCACUCCCAUGUGCCUCUUGAGACAUUCAACCUCAGAUAUAUUACCACAGUCUGUACAGAAAUGGUUCUGAUGAUGUAGAUCUCCGUAAUUAUGUGAAAUUUUUGCCAGGCUAUUUUUAAACAUUGAAAAAUGAGUCACAAGCAACUUGAAUUACCAGACUUCUCCUAGGUUAGUACCUUUACAGGUAGUCCUUGGGUUACAACAGUAAUUGGGACUGGGAUUGCCAUCACUAAGUGAUGUGGUCAUAAAGUGUGAUAUCACAUGACCCAAAGGGAGGUGGGGGAGGGCCUGGGAGUGCCAGCAGAAGCUGCAGGUGGGUGAGGAGUGUUUCAGGCAGGAGAAAAAGUGGGAGUGAUUUACUGGAGUGACCUGCAACCUUCCUUGCUGGCUUCCCCAUUGACUUUGCUUGUGGGAACCCAGCAGGGAAGUUCACAAAUGGCAAUUGUGAUUGUAGCUCCCCACAACGUCGUAAUCAUGAGCUGGGCACUGAACACCUGGAUGGUGAUCAUGAUCAUGAGGGUGCUGUGGUAGCCGGAACUUUGAGGACUGUCAUACAUCCAUUUUUUCAGCACCACCGUAAUUUUGAACAGUUGCUGAACGAAUGGACAUAAGCCAAGGACUACCUGUAUUAAUUCAUUUAAUACUACCUGUGCAUACAUCUGCAACACAGAUGCUACCUUAUGCUUUAUCUCUAGUUACUGUAUUAGUCCCAUUUUCCUGUGUGGGGAUUUAUAAAUGUACAGCCAAAAGGGGCUGAGGCAUUGCAAUAGUAUCACCUUUUUGACCCAAUGUUAUAUUUGAAUUGGCCCUUUUCAUAUAUUACAGUGAGAGCUAAUAUUAAUUGAAGGAUGUUAUAGAUCAGGAAAAGUUACUUUUUCUGUUUUGGAAGCUUUUUAAUAACUCAGGAGUUAGAAAUAUAUUUUGUUUAACAUUUUAAUCUGUUUGGGUAUGGUGGCAUCUAGCAAUAAAGU